AUGUCAAAGUUACAGCAAACAUGGGAAGUUGAAGAGAGGAAGUUACAGUCUGUCUAUGACGACAUAUCAUCCCACCGACUUACCUCUGCUCAAUCGACCCUGACUCGAUACCUCAAGAAAUCACCUAAAUCCCAGCCUGCCUUGAUACUGAAGAUGUACAUCCAGCAGAAGAACGGUGUUUCGGAAGAUGACCUAUUGGGACUGUAUGAACAGAUAAAGGGGUUAGGGGAGAUGAGCGGAAGGGGAGUUUGGUGGGUUGGCAUGAUAUUUAGGAAUAUGGCUAGGACCGAUUUGGCUCUUCAACUGUACAAUGACCUAUCGUCCAAACACCCCGAUUCACCCCAACUACUCGAACAAGUAGUCCUACAUGCCGCGGCGGAUGAUAACACCGAAGUACUGGUGAAAAGCAGUAGGAAGAUAUUUAAUGUGACUAGGGAAGAAAGGUGGGCGAGGCUAAGUGCAUGGAGCGAGUGGGUCAAGAAUGCACCUCAACCUACACCUUCUCGACCAUUUCCCCCGCCCUGCUCGGAUCCUUCAUCACUGAAAAUAGCUUUACUAUUGCUAAACACGUCAAAAUCGUCUUCUACGUCUGAAGGAUUAUGGUUGAAAUUACAGAUCCUCCUUUCUGCCGGACAGCUAGAAGAGGCCCUAGGAUUCUUACAGGAUCAAGGUCAGGAGGGUGGGCUGGUAAGACUUUGGUGGAGGAUGGAAGGAGCUAGAGAGGUUUUGAAAAGGUUGGAAGAGGCAGGGAAAGAUACGAUACAAUAUUGGCAGAACGAGAGGGAAUGGGCUGGAGGAUUGCUGAAAGCUGAUAAAGAUUCGCAGAGGAAUUAUUCGUAUUACCGACAUCUAUUAUUAUGUAUCGAUCAUCUAGUGUCAAAUGAAGAACAUGUCAGAUCCACCGAUGAUCUGUUAAAAAACCUUGAAGAGGAGAUUGGAAACAAGGAAAGAUCACCUUCAUUAGCUAGAUUGGAAUUACAAAAGACUUUACGCAAAAAUCAGUCACAGUCUGAUAGAGUGUGGGAUAAUGAGAAAUGGCUCAAAGCUGUUGAAAAGUAUUGGAUACAUUGGGGAUCAAAAGGUAGUAUCGUAUCUGAACUUGAGGGUAUAGUGGACGAAAAUGACGAGGAAAGGAAAGGUUUGGUAGAACAAUUGAUGGAGAAACAAGCUUCACAACAACAAUCCGACGAACAAUCUUUCCGAGAACAAGUAAACUCUACGAUAUACAUUCUUCGUCAAAAACCCGAGGAGUGGAAACCUACUUUGGAAGAGAUAAAGAAAUAUUGGGAUUUGUAUUUAUCAGGUACACAAUAUGGUAAACAUCUGCCGAAAACGGAUGUUCGACCUGCCGACCAGAUUGGCUUGGUGACUGUUUCUUUACUCAUCGAACUGUGGUCGGUCGACAAGGUUAGAGUAGAAAUACUGUUCAAGGCUAUACUAUGUUUGGAGAAGAUUCUUGGCGAUAGUCCGGCUUGUGCACAUGGUAAAUAUCUGCUGAUUAGGUUAUAUCGAUUGAUUGGAGCUCCUUCGUCGAUUGGCCCUCAUCUAAGUUUACUCAAAUUAUCGGAAAUUCAACUUGAUAAUCUACUUCACAUCUAUACCGAACGAGGUGCUUGUGAGAGCUUGUUAGGGGCCAAUGAAGAAUUGUGGAAUGAUCAUAUGAAGAAAUCUGGUGAUAUGUACCAGAGGACUUUAGUCGAUUUCCCGGAAUACAUCAAAGAAUGUCUAAGUAAUGAAACGUACUCUAAAAUUCCUUCGAUCCAAUACAUCUCUUCAUCACUUUCGAAAUCGAUCACGAACCACAGUAGAACCAUCGAACAGGCGAGAUUAGCUACCUACCUCUCGGCGCCGUACGGUCCCAAAUUACUCAAGAAAUUGGACUUGGCUGCCGAUCAGGACGAAGUAGUGGAUCUGAGGAACUGGGAAUUGAUCAGUGAGAUCGGGGGGAAUAGACCUUUGAUAAAGGAUUUGACUAGGCUGGGUGAGCCGGUGGAAGGGAAGUGGGUGAAGGUGUUUGGAAGCAUUUAUAGGGAUCUGGCGAGUUUUAGUAAUGGGGAGGAGGUAGAGCAGAGGGAGGUCCUUGUGGAAGGGUUGACAACCUCAGAAGCUUCGCUGGUCAAGAAUGCUCAGAAGAUACUUGACCUCGCUGGGAAAGCUUUGAGAUCAUCGGAUGAGAUACCAAAAUCGAAAGUAGAAUCGAUCUUUGAAGAAAGUAUACAGCUGAGUCUAUCGGCCGAAUCGAGGUGGGAGCAGAUACAAGCUCUUAUCUGUCUAUAUGAGUGGAUCAAAGUGUUUGAUGUGAUUUUGAGCAAAUUGGUAGAGAUCAAUAAACCUCUCAAGGGGAAGAAAAAGAUACCUGUCCUAGUACAGUUUAUCAACGAUACGAAAGAUGUCAAGGAGAAAUUGCAGAAAGAAGGGUUAAAAGAUGUGUUUGGGAAGAUCGAUGAGAUGAGUAAAGAGAACACUCUAUGGGAGGCCGUCAAUGAUGAGUGGAUUGAGGAUAAAGACUUCGUAGGAAACUGCAGUGGAUCGAUCGAUAAAUCCAGGAGAGAUGCGUUGGGUAAGAUGAAGGAUUUGUUGAGUGGGAAGUAG